CUCCACCAUGAACGCACUAUACCGCUAAUAGCUGAUACGCCCACAGAACUAUUAGUACGGAGCCAAGCAAUGGCGUCUCUUUACCGGGGCGUCCUCGCUGGCCUCGCGCUUCUAUUCAUGAACCUGCUGCUGAUACUGAUGGCGCGUCCCCCAUCCGCCGAUGGAGCAAGCACGGCGAAAAGCAAAAUCUCUGCAGUGUUUGUGUUCGGCGAUUCGAUCGUCGAUCCCGGCAACGACAACCACCGGCUGACGGAGGCGAAGGCCGACUUCCCGCCUUACGGGCAGGACUUCCCUGGCGGCAAGGCCACCGGGAGGUUCUCAAAUGGGAAGGUUCCCGGGGACAUGCUAGCUUCUAGGUUAGGAAUUAAGGAACUAUUGCCACCGUACCUCGGAGACGAUCUUCCAAUAAGUGAGCUACUCACCGGUGUUGUCUUCGCUUCUGGUGGCGGUGGAUAUGAUCCUUUUACUUCGAUACCCGUGAAUGCUAGAUCGAGCACUGAGCAACUUGGAUUAUUCCUCAAAUAUAAGGAGAGACUAAAAGCUUCAGUUGGAGAAGAUGAGAUGACACGUGUUAUAUCUGAAGGCAUAUACUUCACAGUAAUGGGGGCAAAUGACCUUGUAAAUAAUUAUUUUACAUUUCCUUUGAGGCCCCAUCAAUAUAAUCUUCCUUCGUACGUGAAAUUUCUUGUCUCUUCCGCCGUCAACUUUACAACAGAACUAAAUGAGAUGGGUGCAAAGAGGAUUGGAUUCAUUGGCAUUCCACCAAUUGGAUGUUGUCCCUCGCAAAGGAAACUUGGAUCAAGAGAAUGUGAGCCCAUGCUAAAUCAAGCGGCGGAACUAUUCAAUUCUGAAAUAGAAACGGAAAUUCAUCGGUUAAAUGCUGAAAAAACUAUUCAAGGCUCCAAGUUUAUUUAUCUUGACAUAUACUACAAUCUGCUUGAGCUCAUUCAGCAUCCUGGUUUUUAUGGAUUCAAGGAGGCAACCGAAGGAUGUUGUGGCAGCACCCUGCUAAAUGCAGCAAUAUUUGUUAAAAAUCAACAUGCAUGUCCAAAUGCUUAUGAUUAUAUUUUCUGGGACAGCUUUCAUCCUACUGAAAAGGCCUACAACAUUGUGGUUGAUAAACUAUUUCAAACAACGAUGCAGUAUUGAUGUGAAGAAAUUCACUCUCUAUGGUCGCAUGACCAAAUAUUAUUAGAUUUGCACUAUGAAAUUUGUAAAGGCUGGAACAUUCAUGCAAACUUGUAUUGCCAAUGAAAGUUUGCAUGCCGUCCAAAAUGGGAAAACCCUAGAGGCCCAUGAAUAUAUAAGAAUUUCGUUCUUUAGAAGAACAGACAUGAUGUGGUGGUAAAGUACUUCCCGUUUGUGCCAAGACGUCCGGGGUUCGACGCGGCCUCUCUUUAUUUCAUUGUGCAAGGAUAAGGCUUGCUUUAUAUAAUCUUUGCCUAGACUUCACCUAGUGUGCAAGCUUUUAGCACUGGGUUAGUGUAAAUUAUCGGAAAACUUAUUCAAGGGAUAGCAUGUGCACCAAAGUUUUUGAUCGAUUGCAAA